ACUGCCAGUUCUAGAAGUGCGCCGCCCUGCCUGGCACCUGCGCGGCGCAGCGCAGCUGGCUCGGUGGAAAGAAAUAGGACCGGGUCCGCCGUGGGCCCGUGGGCGGCGCGCGCCAUCGCAACCGGAUGUGCAGAUGGAGGCCGGAGGAGACGCUGCUGCCGCGGCCCCCGGGAGACGCACGGAGGACUUGGGGGACACGCAGCUCCCCAGUGAGGAGGAGACCGGAGACGGGGACGAAGGGGUCCCCGCGGGAGAUGGAGACCUGGAUGGCGCAGAGGCCAAGGCCACAGAACAACCGGCCAGCCCUCCUUCACCGCUGCCCACUUCCGAGUGCCCGUCAAGCACCGGUGAGGGCUGGAGUCCUCCAGCCAGCGAAAGGAUCCCCCGUCAUGGCCCUGAGAGUGGCCCUGGGGUCCAGGGUGGCGACCCCAGCGAUGAGGACUGGCGCAACCAGCGCAAGCACGUCUUUGUCCUGAGCGAGGCUGGCAAGCCCAUCUACUCACGGUAUGGGAGCGUGGAGGCGCUGUCGGCUACCAUGGGCGUGAUGACAGCACUCGUGUCCUUCGUACAGAGCGCGGGAGAUGCCAUCCGUGCCAUCUAUGCUGAGGACCACAAGCUGGUGUUCCUGCAGCAGGGCCCACUGCUUCUGGUGGCUGUGUCCCGGACUCCUCAGUCGGCAGCCCAGCUGCGGGGAGAGCUGCUGGCCGUGCACGCCCAGAUUGUGAGCACCUUGACACGUGCGAGUGUGGCUCGCAUCUUUGCACACAAACAGAACUACGACCUUCGCCGCCUGCUGGCUGGCUCCGAGCGCACACUGGACCGGCUUCUGGACAGCGUGGAGCGGGACCCAGGGGCCUUGCUUCUGGGUGCUGUGCGCUGCGUGCCCCUGGCUCGCCCACUGCGGGAAGCCCUGGGCGCACUACUCCGCCGCUGUAUAGCCCCCGGCCUGGCGCUGUCCAUGCUAGCAGUAGGCGGCCGGCUGGUGACGGCAGCCCAGGAGCGGAACGUGCUGGCGGAAUGCAGGUUGGACCCUGCCGACUUGCAGCUGCUGCUGGACUGGGUGGGCGCUCCAGCCUUUGCAGCCGGCGAGGCCUGGGCCCCUGUGUGCCUGCCCCGCUUCAACCCCGAUGGUUUCUUCUAUGCCUACGUGGCCCGCCUGGAUGCCGUGCCCGUCUGCCUGUUGCUGCUCGGCACCCACCGUGAAGCCUUUCAUGCCAUGGCCGCCUGCCGGCGCUUGGUUGAAGAUGGAAUGCAGACCCUUGGUGCCCAGCAUGCCCUUGGGGAGGCUGCCAGCUUCUCUCACACCCCAUCAGCCAGUGCACCUGCCUACAGCGUGCAGGCUGUGGGGGCCCCCGGCCUGCGACACUUCCUUUAUAAACCACUGGACAUCCCUGACCACCACCGCCAGCUGCCCCAGUUCACCAGCCCCGAGCUGGAGGCCCCGUACUGCAGAGAGGAGGAGCGGCAGCGGCUGUCGGACCUGUACCACCGCCUGCACGCUCGCCUCCACAGCACCUCCCGACCCCUGCGCCUCAUUUACCACGUGGCCGAGAAGGAGACGCUGCUGGCCUGGGGGACCUCCAAAUUUGAGCUCUACACCUGCCUCAGCCCCCUGGUGACCAAGGCAGGUGCCAUCCUGGUAGUGACCAAACUCCUGCGCUGGCUGAAGAAAGAAGAAGAUCGCCUCUUCAUCCGUUACCCGCCCAAGUACUCCACACCCCCAGCCACCUCCACGGACCAAGCUCCCCACAACGGCUUGUUCACUGGACUCUGAAACAAGAUGCCCGCAGCCAAGGCAGUGCUGGGAGUGGCCACCGGUGGCUUUUGCCUCCUGGGUCUGUGCUACAAAGGUGGGAGGGGUGUGUCUGUGGUCAGUCCCAGUCUCCGUGAAGUCCCAGCCACGGGUGGGAGACAGGUGGUACAAGGCUGCCGUCCCAGUCCCCUCAUGCACUUCUCUCUUGGUGGAGACCUUCCUCUGCCCUGCUUCCGUAUGGAUGAUGUUAACCGCCCCUGUCCGGGGCUGUCCCCUCUGAAGCAGCUUCAGGGCCUUCCUGCUCCUGUGGACUCCCAGCCCUGAGUGUGCAGGGCUAGGCAGCAUCUCUGGAGUGGCCCCCAAGGCUUCCAGCAUUGGCUGUAGAGCCAGAAAUUGUGUUUGCAGUCAGCCUCAGGGUAUGCUAAAGAAAACGUGGGCAUGAGACCUAAACCAAGUCCAAGGGUAGUCCUUUGCCCUUCCUAUCCUUUAUGACCCCAAAUGGCACCCGUCAGUGCUGGCCACUGCUACUGAGAAGGCGGCCUCCAGUGUCUGUGCUGCAGGGCGGGUAGCACCUGACGUCACACACUGGCUGGCAUCCCGAAUUUUUACAGAGGAGAGAUGCACUUAGCAUCUGAGAUCUGUUGUAUUCGUUACGAAAGAUAACCUUCCAGGCUGUCUAAUGUAGUGCAGUGGAAGAGUGACUGAGCUCACAUGUGCCACAAACAGCACUGCACGUUUGUCCUCGGGCUUUGGCAACCUGCACGGCACAAGCAACCUAAACGGAGCCCAGCCCCCGGCAGACACACUCUACUCCCCCCACCUCUACCCUCCGGCCCCAAGACUCCCCCUCCCCGCCCCCAGGUUUCUGAGUGCAACCACAGCCCUCCCUCCACGCCCGCUCAGUAAACCCUGAUGCUGCCCUUGCUUUUCUAAACUGGCGCGUGGCCCGGUGACUGCGCAGGCGUACCAUCAAUCAGGCGCAGCCGCAGAUCUGCAUGCGCGCAGCAAGCACCUGAUGCCUCCGCCAGGGUCAACUGCAGGCGUGAGCUCGCGCUGUGCGCAUGUACGCUGUGGUUUCCACCCGACCAGCCCCCUUCGGCGUGCUGGCAGAGCCCUGCUGAAACAUGGCGGGCGAGUUGGAGUGUCUGUUCGUGGAGUCACCGGAAACCACGGACAAGGCAGGAGGUAGUGACGACUAACGAGCCACGCUCCUCGAGCAGAGGGGAUGGAGGAAGGAUGCGGCCCAAGAUAGUGAUGAAAUAAUGACCGCCCUAGCUUUAAAAAAAAAAGACUAAGGGUGGGGGGGGAACAAAACCUUUUAACUGUUCUGAGGUGAAAAUGGGUAACCUACACACGCUUUUAGCACCUAAGUUACCUUCUAUCAGCUUUACUGAACCUGUUGAUUAAGGUUUUUAAAGUAGUAAUACAAUCUGCAUUUCUUCCUGUGAACAGAGUCUGGGCAAAGGAGGGAUGUUCAAGAAAGUCACACCACCCCCGCCCUGAAAGCUGUAGGCGGUGGUUGGGUGGUUGGGUGGUUGACCGUCAGGUCAGUUUGGCCGAUGUGUGAAAUGUGGCCCCUCGGCCCAGCUGGUGGAGGGGAUCAGAUGUCACAGCUGAGCAAAAGAAAAAAGUCCCGAGGCAGUAGUUCUCCAGUGUGUUGCCGGCUUUGUUAGUAUUAUUAGAGAAAUUUCCGAGACGUGCCAAAGUAGACUGUAGCUUGGUGGAUGGCACGCUCCUGCUCGUGCAGUGGUCUGCUUUCCGCCUUCCCUCACCACCUCUGACUCCCUCCUGCGCACUCGUCAAACCUUCCGUUAACAAGUGUGGUGGACUGCGUCGGCCACACCUCAGACCUGGGACCUUCUCUGUCCUGAGCUCCUUGGAACGGCCGCCUGCUGCCGCCCGUCCGGCGUGGGAGACCGUGCCUGCGUGCAGGAUAGCAGAGGUGUGAGUAAGGAGAUCAUUGAGGUCAUUAUUUGGGGUUAAAAGGCACAAGGUGCCGGCUUUCAAAAGAAAAAAAGGACAGAAAUAAGACAAAUGCAAUUAGAUUGCACGUGCUAAGCCCUCUGUGCAGCUGCCCCUGGAAGCCUGGCAUCACCGUCCUCUGAAGCUACGCUUACCAUCACCUGCAGACAGGCUCUGGAAGGGCGGAUGUGCCGGGUGCUGAGGCCCUGUGCUGAGCCACCUCUUCCUCCCACAGAACUGACUGUUGAUCGUGGUGCCCAAGGCAGUUUGGCAAAACAUUUUCAGCCUCUGAAAUGCUUUCCCACAUCUGCAGUCCCCAAGCUAGACCAUGGGAGAAGUCCCAGACCCGUGGACCAAGAACAGGCAGGGACGUUGUUGAUGGAGGCGAAGCGUGGGUGCAGUUGCAGCAGUGGCUGGAUUCUGGUCGGAUCCAUGCACCCCAAGGAAACGCACAGGGAGUUUUAAAGAGACCAAAGGAAAAUAAUUACACUGAAAUUAAACAGAUAACAUUUUUGAUUGGCCCAAAAUGAUCUGUGUAACAGAAUGUACUUUUAUUACAGAAGAGCCGUAGGCAUUGCUGAGAGUGUCCUGCGUGUGCUGUCCUGGCAACCCGAGCUCAGGACCUGACCGGCGUCUGGGCCUUGGGACGUGGGACUGACACCGAGGUGGAGGCGUUAUUGUAAUGUGUUGGCUUAUUUUUCUUGUAGAAAAAUGUAAGGAGUGGGUCUUUUUAAACUACAAGUUGACAUUGUGAAUGGUGUCUGAGGGUACGUUAAUAUUGGAUCAAUAUUAAUAUCCAGGUUUUGAUGGUUAUAUUACAGUUACCUGGUAGAUUCCUUUUGUAUAUAGGAAAUCCACACUGAAUUUUAUGGAGUAGUGGGUCGUAAUGUCCGAAGUCAUGGUUCAGAAGCACUUACAGGUAUGGGAACGGUACAAGGGCAAAUGGGAACACAAUGGCCUAUUUCUACAACUUUUGUGUGCAUCUGGAACUAUUUCAAAAUAAACUAUUUAAACAGGG